AAUAUUGAUGAGUUUGAAGAGAAGAUUGGGGUUAAAGGACUUCUAACAGAUAAAAAAGAAAUGUGUCGAUGUAUUGAUGAUAUCUGUAAAAUCAUGGCAAAAGUUUAUAAGAAGAGACCAUCAAUAUCACGAUCAGAAAGCGUAUAUAAUGUCAACAUGAUCUAUCCUUGUUUAGAAUCAAUGCUUACUAUGAUGGAGGGUAAUGAACAUAAGCCAUAUUUCAUUCCUGGUGAAGAUGAGCUUACCGCCAUGACAGUGCAGCUAAGGAAAAUGGGAUGCAAAGUUGACAAAAGAAGAAUUUAUAAGGCUGAUGGAAUUAUACGCUUAGCAGAACUUGAAGAUCUAGAAGUCCUUAUUUUGGAAACAGCGGGCGCUUUUAAUGUUGAAGACCAUGGAAAAACAGCAUUUGACAACUCAAAGGGCAUGUUUGCCCUGCUGGCGAUGUUAAAAACAAUAGCUGACCACUACAAGCAUGCGUCUGUUGAAGAAUUUAAAAAACUUAAGCUCUAUUUCAUACAACCAAGCGGUAAGCAAUAUUACAAACAGUCUUUUAUUUAG